ACAACUACUUAUGUAACUCGGUACGUGAUGACAUAUGCAAUAUGCGUUUGACGUAUUUCGGGUGACUUAAACCGACGUUUGGAGCCAAAACUGACUGUUUUAAUCAGAGGAGAGAGUUGGUCGAACUGAGUCUGGGAUCUUGUGGUGAGAGAUGCCCCCCAAAACCAUAAAAAAGGCGAUAAAAGAUGCACUGGAAAACCUGUCACAAAAUAACCUGCGGAAGUUUCGCGACGAGCUUCUGGACCGCAGGGAAGAGCCGCGCGUAAAACGCAGUCAAGUGGAAGAUAAAAGCUUCUUGGAAAUCACAGACGUCCUGGUUUCAACCUACACCGAGUCCGGCGCUCUUCCAGUGACUGUGGAGUUACUGAGAGAGAUUGGCUGCAGCGAUGACGCAGACAAACUGGUUAACGACACAAGAGAACUGCUGCCAAAACCUGACACUGCAAGACUCUCAGCUGGAGCAGCUGGUGUGAAUACCAUGGCCGACGGGGAGCACUUUGUGGAUAAAUAUCAACUUGAGCUGAUCCAAAGGGUGGGCAACAUUGGACCCAUUUUGGAUGAGCUCCUCAGCAAAAAAAUCAUCCAAGGAGAGACCUAUAAUAAAAUCAGGGCCCUGCCUACCUCCCAGGAGAAGAUGAGGGAGCUCUACUGCGGUGCCCUGCAAGCUGGUUCAGCCUGCAAAGACAUCUUCCUCAAGAUCCUUGAGAAAAAUGAGCCAUUUCUCAUUGAAGACCUCAGGGGAAAGAAAUAAAUAUUGUGGGGGUUUUUUCUUCUGCAUCUUUGUAAUGUAUAAUCAGAGCUGCUUAAUUUUGUAUGGUGUUUGGUGCUUUCGCUGUUGUGAUCUGUGUUGGUUUUUAACCUAAUUAUUCAUGUGAAUUAUUUUUAAAUCUCUGAAAUCACAUUAACAGAACAAAGAUCUCUGAAAUACACAACCACUGCGUAUACCUGUUGGCCACAGUCUCAUGUUUAGUUUGUUGAUGGCAUUAAUUGCAUUUAGGGAUAAAUGGACCCUUAUGGAUUUUCCUUUCUUGUUCCUGUGCUCUGGGUCCUCUGUAGCACUGCUCUGAGGAGGUGGAGGGGAUCACUAUUAUCAGUGAUGAUAAUACACCUUAUUGUCUUAAAAAUCCUGGUAAGCUUGUACUGUGAUACCUUGAUUUUGAACUAAUAAAAUAUUCAGAA